AUGUCACUUAAGUUAUUGGGGGGCCAAGGCCCCCCGGCCUCCGGUAGAGAAUACAUAAAUGUUACUUCUCCAUUACCUAAUGAGGUUACAUGGACUGUUUCAACAGCGUUGCAGCAGCAGCAGCAGCAGCAGCAGCAGCAGCAGCAGCAGCAGCAGCAGCAGCAGCAGCAGCAGCAGCAGCAGCAGCAGCAGCAGCAGCAGCAGCAGCAGCAGCAGCAGCAGCAGCAGCAGCAGCGAGAGUAUUUUAGACUAUCAGAACAGAAACUCUUGUUAUCUGCAAGAGGUUAUACUCGAAAUUCAGUAACACAGAUUACGAUAAGUCUUCCUGGACAAUGCAAGUUGAAGCAGAACGUUAGUGGUCAAUUAGUCACUGCAUUUGAAUGUCUCACUAAAUUGGUUAUUUACUAA